AUGGAUAAUAAAGAACUAGAUAAAACUGAUAAUGAUCAUUUAGUAGAGGACCAAUCUGCUGUGCUCACAACUACUAAUGCUGAUGGCAUGGACAUAGACCAGCCAGAAGAAAAACAAGAUGAAGAACACGAACAAGAACAAAAACCAAAGAAAUUUCAAGUUAAAAAAUGGACUGCAGUGGCUUUUUGGUCAUGGGACAUAGAUGUGGAAAACUGUGCUAUUUGCAGAAAUCAUAUUAUGGAACCAUGCAUCCAAUGCCAACCUACUGCUAUGUCUGAUACAAACAAAGAAUGUGUUGCUGCAUGGGGUACAUGUAAUCAUGUUUUCCACUUGCACUGUAUUAAUAAAUGGUUACAAACAAGAAAUGCUUGUCCAUUGGAUAAUCAACCAUGGAAGUUUGCCAAGUACGGUAGGUAA